CACAAAGUAAUUAAAUAUAAGUACAUUUCCCUUUUUUCCCCGUAUACAAUCUUUCUGUUCUGUGCCAGCUCCCAUCCCACUCAGCCUAGAAACUGUUUUCUAGUUAGACUUGGGGCAAGAAUAUUCCAGAUGGGACUUCGUGGACUGCCUUUGGCUAUCCUUGCCAGGCUGAUGAUACCAGUACACGCUGAGACGGGAGCAACUAAAGGCACUUGCUUCCCAAGUCGAGGAGAAGAGAGGCCUGGCGUCUGUAGGCUCUCAGAGCACUUCUCUCUGGGAAAGUCGGAGCGCUGUGGUCCUGAAAGCUUAACAAUCUGAAGUAAAAUCUCAGAAUCUACCCCCCACUUUAUCUGGGCCUUCCCCCUUCCUUUUAUCUCUCUUUUCUGUUGGCGAGAAUCUCUUUAUGUGGUUUGCUUCCCUGAUAGUCAUGGAGAUUUUGCUGAAAUGGAGUGGGGGAAUGGAGGUAAGAGGGUUACAGUGUUCCCUUGAUCCUGCAGAAUCCUUUAGGUCUGAUGGGAUCUUGCCUCACCAAGUCAUAAACCUGAAUCGGAGCUCAAGGUCAGAUAAACUUCCCCAGCUUGUUGUCGGGAGCAGUUUGGGGCACAUCUUACCGUGGAUACAUCUCACAGAACUUGGACUCAGAGAAGGUUCUAGGCCUGCCUUUGCACGAGCUCACUCUCUGACGUUGGGCAUGGUGCUCACCUUCCCCAGGCCUCAGUUUCCACAUCUCUACCAUGAGGGGCUGACUCAGAGCCGUGAUUUCAAAGGAGGAAAGUACCUCAGGGCACUAGGCCCCCAACUUCAACAGGGCAGCCCCAUGUGUGUGCUACAUAGACUUCCACUGAGAUUUUGUGUGAAGAAAGUUUCCUGUGGCUGUAAGAUUAAAACCCAACUGCCUUCUUGCUUUUUGAAUGAUUCUAGAAGUCCACGGUUCCCUCCUAAGCGUUGUUCAAAAGGGAGGUGGGGGCUGUUCUGUCAGUGGUUUGACAGUGCUGCCCUCUUGUUGGUGCUUUCGACCCAAGAUAUGCCUGGAUCUUUAGAUUGUUUCCUUCGGUGAUGUGUUCUGACUGGCACUAAGCAGGACAGCUGGCCAGUUAGUGUUUUUCAUUCUCAUCUCUUUCCUUCUCAGAAGCUCUUGCAGGAAGGUCAGCUUAUGGGACUUAUCUCAAUACUUCCCAUCAACUUGACACUAGAUCACAGUGGGACCCACAUGCCAUACGUUGUGAGAUAAGUUAGCCAGGGUCUCAGUCAUCAGAACUCAGACACUCUUUUCCUGACUCUGCUGUCAACGAACUGUGGCCUUGGCUAAGUCACCGGCCUUCUCUAGGCCUGAGUUUACACAUUUGCACAAUGAGGAGAUUGGACUGAAGGUGUCUUAGAAGUUCUUUUGGCUCCAACAGUCAAUGAUUUCAUGUAACAUCAGCUACUUUCCCCUCCGACAGUGGCAGUUAUAUUAUGAACACGGAAGAGGGAGCGUCCUGGCCCAUCCAUGGAUCUCCAUUUUCCCACGGUUAACAUGAGGAGACCCCAUCCCAUUUUACCAAGCUGGGGUGGCGGUGGAGGGGAGUUGGUAAAUGAUUUAUUGAGUGCUUUGAUGGGAAGAGGAGCUUUGAUGAGGCUGACUAGUGUCAUGCCUUCCUCUCCCCAGCCAGUUCUGGGGAUAGACAUGUUGACCUUUGGGUGGUAGGAUGGUCCCUUCUUGUAAAGGGAAAAGGUGACCUGUUCUUCAGGUGCCUGCUAUUUCAUGUUAACUUUUCUUGCUCCAAUUGAAACACAGGGUUCAGAGCAUUGGGUAUUUGUAGAAAGGAAGUACACUAGGCCAGAAGAACUCAGUCUUCUAAAAGUGGCCGCCACGCAGCAGGAAGAAAGUGAGGCAGGCCUUGCAGAUAUCCUUGCCGAUGGCAGACUGUCCAAGGUGGAUAUCCUGGUGGACAAGUUCAAAGUUGAAGUGGCCACAGAGGAAAUGGUGGGAGCCAGAGGAGCAAACACCCAGCAAAAAGGAAGAAUGAUUGCAAGCCCUGAAGACUUCGAGUCACUGUGGGAGGAGGGCCCCCGGGUCGGGAAUGGCCCAGGAGGGGAUCCCCUGGCUGCAGGCUGCACUCUGGCAGAAAAGCUUCCUGAGGGCUCCCAGCUCAGGAUGGGCACCGGGGAGGCCACCAUCAGGAAGCGCCGGGUCUCGAGUCAGUGGGAGAGCCACGUGGAGCUAAGAAAGGAGCUGGAGGAGAUCCAGACUUGUGGAAGGCCCACUGCCCUGGGGGCCGGGCCAACAGAGGUGGAUGUCUCAUUUUCAACCUCUGACAAGGGAGGACUUCAGUCGUUUCUGCUGGACCCAGCCCACGAGGAAGACAGAGCUGACUCGAGUGAUGAAACCGAUACUUCCUGUGCAGAGAGGAGCUUCUAUUUCAACUAUGGAGAGAAAGAUUUUGAAGACCAAAUCCUCCCUCCACUGUUGGAGGAGAGAGGAGAGUGCCGGAAAGCCCCUCCUGGAGAUGAGACCAGGCGGGAGCUCCCGGGAGAGCUUGCAGAGCGCUCUGAGCUGAGGGCCUCUGCCCAGUGGGGCUCUCCGACAGCUUCCAGAAGGAGCAAGGAUGAAGAUGGUGAAGCUCACAUAGCUUCCUUGGAGAAAGGGGUGGGGUCUCCCAGGGACCACGGAGGACCCAAUGACCUGGAGGCCUUUGACCAGCAGCUUGGUAAUGGAUCUUUUCCAGGGCAGAGAUUUGCUAAGGCUUGGGAAGAAGCAGGGUGGAGGGUGGAAGGAGAGUUUACCCACCCAGCCCCUGCCAUUACUGCAGAGGAAGAGGCCCCCGGGAGUCUAGAUUUGAUGGGAAAGGCUGAGAAAAGUCCCCCAGCAGCAUGGAGGAACCACUCGCCUCACAGAGGAGCGGGUGUGUGCCCAGACUUCCCGGCCUGCGCCCUUCCAUGGACACUAGCCAAACCGGACAGAGACGACAACUUGCCCAAAGACAAGGGACCAGUUCACACCCAAACAGGACAACCCAUGAGGGAGCACAGCAAGGUUCACACGGAGUUUCUUCAGAUGGAGGUGAUCAACCCCCUCCCAGCCUCCUGUGGUCCCUUUCAGGCUCCUCCUAAGGAAGCUUCUGUGAGCCCAGCCUCUCAUGGGUCAGGGGAGCCUUUGCAGCUUGGGGAUCCCUUUGGAGAACAGCCCCCUGUGUUUCUCAGAGGGAGCCCAGAACCCAAGGACCAAGUGGAGCCUGUUGUGACUCUGGACAGAGGUGAGCGCAAGGCACCUCCCGUUGCCAGCAGAAAGCGCAGAGUUGUUCUUGAAGAAGUUGAGGGAGUUGCAGCUCUAAGGUUGGGGUUCCCUUCAGGGAAGCCAAAGAUGACUCCUUUCCAAGCUGGGGGCCAAGAGGGCUCCCUGGAAGACAUCAGCAAGACCUCAGUGGCCAACAAAAUUUGGAUCUUUGAGACCCAUGGAGCUGAAAGUUGGCGAGCGAGUCAGGGCGAAACAUGGGCCCUUCCAAGUGGGUUGUCUUCAGAGGCCUCCCUAGGUCAGGCAGAGCAGCAGCAGAAUAAGCUUUCAGACCUGGGCUUCGUCCAACUCCCACCCCCAGAGGACAUCGCCGGCCCCAAUGCCACGCAUUCCUCAAUGAUGUCACCCACUACCAGCCACGAGGGCGUUUCUACUACAUCCCACCAGGAACUCGAGCUCAUGUCUCCCGAUUCGGGCUGCGAAACUACGCUGGAGGAAGCUACUGGGGGAGCUGGCCACAACAAAUCCGGAGAUGCAGUCAGGGAAGAGAAGCGCCUCGCCAGUUUAACAGCAAAACCCCCUGGGAAAGGGGGGCGCCUGGGAUUCGUCAGUCCCUCAGGCCCUCAGAGAGCAGGGCUGAGGGAGGGCUCGGAGGAGAAAGUCAAACCACCACGUCCCAGGGCCCCAGAGAGUGACACAGGCGAUGAGGACCAGGACCAGGAGAGGGACGCGGUGUUCCUGAAGGACAACCACCUGGCCAUCGAGCGUAAGUGCUCCAGCAUCACCGUCAGCUCCACGUCCAGCCUGGAGGCAGAGGUCGACUUCACCGUCAUGGGUGACUACCACGGCAGCGCCUUCGAAGACUUCUCCCGCAGUCUGCCCGAGCUCGACCGAGACAAAAGCGACUCAGACACAGAGGGCCUGGUGUUCUCCCGGGAUCUCAGCAAGAGGGGCCCCAGCCAGGACGACGAGUCCGGGGGCAUCGAGGACAGCCCGGAUCGAGGGGCCUGCUCCACCCCGGAUAUGCCCCAGUUUGAGCCCGUGAAAAUGGAAACCAUGACCGUCAGCAGCCUGGCCAUCAGGAAGAAGAUCGAGCCAGAGGCUGUGCUGCAGACCAGAGUCACCACUGUGGACACCCAGGUGGAUGGGACUGCCCUAGGGGGAAAGGAAUUCAUAACCACUGCUCCCUCCAUCACCACUGAGACCAUAUCAACCACCAUGGAGAACAGUCUCAAGUCCGGGAAGGGGGCAGCUGCCAUGAUCCCAGGCCCACAGACGGUGGCCACGGAAAUCCGUUCUCUUUCUCCGAUCAUCGGGAAAGAUGUCCUCACCAGCACCUACGGCGCCACCGCGGAAACCCUCUCCACCUCCACCACCACCCAUGUUACUAAAACUGUGAAAGGAGGGUUUUCUGAGACGAGGAUCGAGAAGCGAAUCAUUAUUACUGGGGACGAAGAUGUUGAUCAAGACCAGGCCCUGGCUUUGGCCAUCAAGGAGGCCAAACUUCAGCAUCCUGACAUGCUGGUAACCAAAGCUGUCGUAUAUAGAGAAACAGACCCAUCCCCGGAGGAGAGGGACAAGAAGCCACAGGAAUCCUGACCUCUAUGAAGAGAUGCUGGCGUUUCUGGUCCAACUCAAGCCAGAGAACCAUUAAGAAGGGGCCUUCAUUCUGGAUUCUCCGAGUCAACACCGACGUCCCAGCUGCGACGUACUGUCACUGAUGAGAGACUGGGAGAGGAAAAGCAAAUAUAUAUAUAUAUAUAGAUAUAUAUAGAUAUAGAUAUAUAUACAGGAAACACUGCAUCCUUGCACUGCUUCUGGGGCUGGCCGGGCAGUCGGCCAACAGCAACAACCAACAUCUGAACACCUACAUUUCCUUUGCAGACAAAUUGAAGAAUUGGUGGGAUUUUUUCAGGAAAAAAAAUUAUAAUGCCAAUAAUCCCUUGCUAUCCCCUUCGAAGGCCUGCGGAGCAACAUGAGCAAGCAGCCCAGGAUGACUGCUGGGACGCAGCACCGACUGCGCAGCACAUCCGGUGCACGGACCUUCCGUUUGUUCUCCAGUGUCUGUUGCCCAUGCAAGUGCAAAGGAAAACCCUUUUGCAGCAAAGCGAGACACGCUGAAGCAGCAAGACACACAACGAGAAAGAAAAGACAUUUCCCACUUGGAAAGGAGGAGGAGGAACACUGGAUUAUUAUUUUAUGGGUCUUGACACUGGGCUGCAAAAUCCACCUUCCUUUCUUCCGCCUCCCCUCCCCCUCACAAGUCUUGUCAUUUUCUGUCUCGACUCCCUCCUCCCAACCCUGCACCCCUUGCCCUCUGUCCGGGUCCUGCUGAGGGCCACUGCAGAUGACUCAUUUGAAACAAGAAAAAGAAAAGAAAGCAGGGACGGAAAACCAUCCCGCAGGAAGGGAAGUAGACAUUGUAUGUUUAUGGUUCUCAUUACGAAGGUGCAGCUUGUAGGAGAUUUGUAUGGAUGUGCUUUUAAGUUAUGUAUAUGACAUAUAACGGGAAACAAAUAUUAAAAUAAACAGUGCUGGUAAGUAUGAAGCUGACAGUUUAAAAUUAUGAUUAUCUGACUGUGAUUGAUGUAUCCCAAGGUUCCUAGAUCUCACUGAACCGGCCCAGCCAAGGAGGCCUGGACUCUGGCUGUGGGCUGCUCACAGUAGGAGCUGCUGGGUUCAGUGUAGUAAUUCAGUGUGUGAUAUUUGUCAUUGGUUGAUUGGUGGGGAGGGGAGGGGUCCCCGAAUGGAGAAGCGGGGGUUUGGCAAGAAGGAAGCAACACAGCUAUGGUCCAAGAUGCCUUCUCCCCUGGGCAGUAACAACCAGGGCCUGGUCCGUGCUCAGAUGUGGGGCCCAGAGUUAGGAUUUUGCUGCGGAUCCCCUGGCCCAGUCCCCCUACCUCCCUAAGGGGGCUUGUCUCUGUUCUCAGUCCUCUGGGUUUUUUUUGCCACAUGUCUUGCCUUUCCCUGACCAAAUCCUGGUAGCUAACUCCCCAUCCCAAGUGGGGUGAUGCCAUUGGCCACUGCAGAGGAUGGUAGCUUUAUCCGGCUUCCUGAAAACUCCCAGCUCUGUCUCUUCCUCUACCAUUCCUGUUCUCUGUCUGAGUCAUUCUCUUCUUCGUGGGCUGAAGCAGCCAUGGGAGCGACCCCAAACACAGGGUAGGCCUAGGUGAAAGCUGAGGAUGAAAGGUGGUGCUGCUCACAGUCUCCAUCCACGUGUUAGACCCUGGCUUUGGAGACCUCCCCUUCGGUCAGCAUCUGAGCUCUGAGCCUGUGCCCUCAGAGUCCCAGAAAUUGCAUCAAGACCACAGAAGCCCUUGGAGAAAACCCAUCAAAAGCCUGGCAUUGACACACAGGGGCUUUCCCAGGCUCUCCUGGCACAAGCUGGCCCCCUGAGCUCAAUGAGUCCCCUCCUGAGGGAGUGUGUCCCACUGCACUUUAACGUAUCAGUCCCAUCUCACCUCCCCAGUCCUGUUUCUGAAGCAGUUGCUAAACUCACUCAGCAAAUAUAUAUUGAGUACCUGCUUGUGCCAGGCACUGUUCUUGGAUUGAGAGAAUGUGGGGCACAUGGAGGCACCUGGGAAGCCCCCUGAGCCAGCCUUACAUUUCUAACCAGGGCUGUCUCUCUGAGAGCAUUUCUGCAUUCUCUCCAAUUAUUGGACGUUGCCCACGGAUGCCCUCCAGAGAGCCCAGGCUUAUCAAUUACCCCAAGGAUAAAUACGCUUAGCUGCUUUGGUGCUGACCUGGGACAGAACAAGAAACCAGAAUAGUGUGCCUCUGUGGACACAAAUGGGAUGGAGGGAGGGCAGAGAGCCCUGAGCCUGGGCAUCCCAUGGCAGAAUCAGCCACACACACUCCAGAGCAGGCCGGGGGACUGCUCCAGCUCCCCCUGAGUGCGACAGCACACUUGCCAUGCACCAAGCUUCUUUUUACAUUCCUGAUACAGAAGCCCCUUUCAACCUGAGAGCUCCCACUCGUUCUGGGCCAAAAGCUGGUGUAGCCCCACCCUCUCUGGCUCACCCAGAAUUUGACUCAGGCACCCCGUCUUUGCCGGAACCAGGGAUCCUGAACACACUUCAGAGGGAGAAUUAUUUUUUUCUGGGUUCUCCACCUGCCUACAGACCCUGGGUGUGUGGCUUCAGGGCAGGGAUGAAGUGACCAGGCUUAGCUCAUGGGCCAGUGGCGUUUGUGGAGAUCUCUACCCCACCAAUGCGCUGACCUUCCUUCCACGACAGUCAGUCAGUGCCCCCAGGGAGGAGGGGAGCUGCAAGCUAAAUCUAGGGCACUGUUUCCUCCCCAUGCGCCUCUUCACAAAGGACAUCGACGUUUGUCUUAUCUGUCGUCAACCUACUUUUCCUUUUUACUUUUUUCUAUUUCUCAUUCUUUCUGUGCUGCCUCUCCACCCCAGAGACCAUGUAGCAUAGUGGAGAAGGCCCAGAGGGCGGGCAGGAGUGCUCGUGGCCAUCCUGGCCCGGUGCCUGGCUCGCCAUGGGCCAUCGAGCUCGUCUGGGCUCUCCUGGGGCCUCGGUUCCCGUCGCACUUGUAAAAGGACGCGGAUAAGCCAGAUGCCCUCCAGGGUCUUUUUCUGCUCUGCCAUCCCACAGACUUUCAUUUUACUUUGCUUUCUCUGGAUCUUUUCCAUCUGAGAGGACAGGAAGUUCCAGGACCUGUUUUGGGUUUUGAAUCCUGCAAGCACAUUCCAAGACUGGCCUGAAAUUGCAUGAGCAACAUCACUCUAAUUUAUUUUCCCCCCAAAAGCACCUUACCAAACAACUGCAAUGCUGUCCUGUUCCUUUUUACUCACACCCCUCUCUCUUCUCUGGUCCCCACGCUCCCCCACCUCAGUGCUCCGUGCUGUAUGCGUGUGCUCUCUGUUCUUGUAUACUCAAUAAAAGUGAAAUAAAUGUGUUUGAUGCUCAACCACAAA